AUGCUGACACUUUUAGAACGAAUUAAAUCCAUAUUUCUUGGUGUAUUGGGUUUACCACAAGAUAGGAUUGCUCCUACUGUAGGAUUAAACAUUGGAAAAAUCGAUAUCGAUCGGGCGAGGAUUAAUUUUUGGGAUUUAGGAGGUCAACGUGAACUUCAUGGGAUUUGGGAAAAGUAUUAUAGUGAAUGUCACGCUAUUGUAUUUGUGGUAGAUUCCACGGAUAAAGAUCGAAUUGAGGAAUGCAUAAAUAUUUUUGAGAAGAUAAUUACAAAUGAUGAAGUGGAAGGAGUUCCGGUAUUAAUGUUAGCAAAUAAACAAGAUUUACCAAAUUCUUUAAAAGUUGAAGAAAUUAAAGAAAUUUUUAAUAAGAUAGCAAUUAAAUUGGGAGCUAGAGAUUCUAGAGUAUUACCAGUAUCUGCAUUAGAAGGAGAUGGAGUGCGUGAUGCAGUAGAUUGGUUAUUUGUAAGAAUACAGCGUAAUAAACAAAAUAGACCACCGAUAUUUAAGUAA